AUGGCCGAUGUGGUCAUCAAGAAAACAUCUAAAUCCUCUCAUAUUAAGACACGGCAACACAUCCGAGCACUGGAACGCACCAACGGAGACUCUAUCUCUGACAUAACAGCCUCACGCACACUUCCUGUUCCGCCAAGUCAGCCAACACUUCCUCGUUUUGCCAGCUUACGGACACUGAAUGAAUACCUGCAAGAUGAUUUGAACAUGGUCAUAGAUGCUGACGUAUCCAAGGACUUGUUCAAUGAUGUUCACCUUGAUGAGGCCCAAGGCAUAUACCAGGAUAAUUUUGGCAGAAACAUUCUCUUCUCUGCAGGAGAGCGGGAGGUCCAUGCUAUGGAACAGCGUAGACAUAGGUUAUAUAAGCAGCUGGAUGGUCUUGCAUUGCUUGAGAGACAUACCUUGUUUGGUCGUUUUGACGACGCCGAGUCUGCUGCACCAGAUGAUCUUGCUGAAGAUAAUCUGUCUUCCACUGCCUCACAAAUGAUAGCUGAUCUGGAGGCCUUAGCAAUCGGAGACGACAACGACGAUGAAGAUGAUGGUGACGAUGAUGUGGCAAGCUGGGAUCAAGAAUCCAAAGCAGACGCUGAUUGGUAUCCGCAUAAGUCCAAAACGAUGUUCAUGCUGGAUCUUUUGGAUAAUUUACCUAGGCUACGUCUAUUGGAUGACCAUCUCAAGGCUGUGAUUUGGGUCAUGAGAGAAUGCGGCACUCCAGAUGUACCUUCCUUUUCAGCACUAUGCAAGACCCAGACCAAACUUACUCACGCAUUUGGUUUGAAGCCUGAGCAUCAUAUUUCCGCACUGGGAAAUCAUUUUUAUAUGAACCAUCCUCGGAAGCUGCUGGCACUGGACUGGGCCAAUCCCCUUGUACGAAAACAUAUUCACGUCUAUCCUGAGGUAGCUGGACCAAUUACAGAAACAUACCAGGCAGCUAAAUGGCUUGAGGAGGUUGAUCUCGAUGAGCUAUCGCCCAUGUGGGCCAACUGGACUUCUCCCGGACUACGACAUCGUCAUUUCUACAUCAAAGAACUGGCUCGGUUAUCAGAUGACUCUUAUGUAGUCAUUUUACGCUGGGUGACUGUGAAUGGCAUAGUGCAUGCAGAUGUCCUGGAAACCGUGACUGAAACUGGGCUUUCUGAGGGCGAACUUCCAUUCUUAUAUGUAACGAUACAUACUCACAAGGUGUCUCGCAUUCCAGCAAUGUCAUUGACUGAGAACAUUCUCGAUAUCAGAGUCCAUGCUCCGGGAGGCGUGCAAUUCUCAGCUUAUUCUCCCAUCUUUCCAAUGCCCAACCCACUUCGGGAGGUGGCAAGAGGCUGCCCAAUGUAUCGCUUGUGUGUAACGCCAUGGAGUGACGAUGUCUCAGGGAAUGUCAGCAAGCAAUAUAACGCACAUACCAACAUCUACGUUACCAAUGCCAAUCUUCCGCAUGGAAAACUAUCUCAGGAAUAUUUUGUUCGAUACUGUUCCACCUCUGCCAAUGCCUCAUCAUCCGAACAAUUUGUAGCUCUGUGCGAGGACUUUGACCGUGAUCAAUGGGAAAAAGCUUACGAUUGCGAAAUACAUGAAGACAUCCUCUUCCAAAUUAUCCCCCAUGUCCUUCCUGCCGACAAUCCUCAGCAAUCUGAAACAUCUUCUCACAUCGGCGUGAAUGGGAAUUUUAGCUGCCGGCGUGAUCUGACAGGAGGCUCAAGUGAACAAAAGGAGAGUGUUGAUGGCUAUGAAGCUCUUUAUCAUCCAGGCAAGGAUGAACGAACUGUCACGCAAACGAUACAAGCUAUCCGGUGGCAGAUCUGGCUGGCCUGUCAAGGAAACCAGGAGGGGGUCAAAAAUGCGUCCGCUUCAUCUGGCGUUAAAGAUAAGCUCUCGCAGUAUUGGAUCGAGCAGCUUAUAAUCAAAUCGAGAGCACUGCAGGAUGAGAGAAUCAAGAAUGCCGAGACAUGCGAUUCCCUGGUGGAGGAGAUAACUUAUGCGAUUCAACAGGAGUUAUGGGAUUGGGUUAUUCAACAACCAGAGGAGUCGUACAAGAAGCUCUCUCCAAAUGAUCGUAUUGAUCCACAUCGCGACACCCCUGGAGAAAUUCUCCACACGUAUCUUCUCGGCAACGACAAGUAUGUAUGGCACGAUACCAGCAAAACAUGGUCCAAGCAAAAUGACGAUACCUUUGCCAUCCGACUACAAUCCUCGUGCAUCCAUGGCCUUACAAUUGCCCAGCCACGCGCAGCCUAUCUGGUUCAAUACAAGAACUCGCUUAUUGGCAAGCACUUCAAAACCCUGCAGCAGCUGGCCAUAUUUCACCUUCAUGAGCUUUGCCCCCCACAAAUCUUCACUUUAUGGAAAGCUACGGGCGAAUUGGGGGCCUUACUGUGGUAUCCAGAAAUUCGGGAUAUUGACCAGUAUCUCAUUGACUUACAAGUCUUGAUUGACAAUCUUCUCGACGCAUGGGCCAUUGUUGAUCCACGACGUAUCAUCACCAAAGUCAAGCUUCAUGUUUUGACUCACCUCCCCGAUGACAUUCGUCGCUUUGGACCCGCUGUCAUUUUUGCGACCGAGAUCUUUGAAUGCUUCAAUGCAGUGUUCCGCAUGUGCAGCAUCCUUUCCAACCACCUGGCUCCGAGCCGUGACAUCGCUAUUACGAUGGCUGAUAUGGAGCGAUUUAAACACAUGGCCAGUGGUGGAUGGUGGAAGGAUGAAAGUGAGCAAUAUAUACAGGCAGGUCACAAGAUUCAGAUCUUCUUAAAGAAGAAUGUCGAACUCCAACGGCGUCUGGGAUGGGCAGACGAGACACUUCUUCAGCCAGGGCAUGUCAAGUUAGCGCCACGACUCGAUGUCCUCAAUGCUCCUUUGGAUUCAAGGCCGUUCGACUGUCAGACUUGGGACAAUGGUGUUCUGGUGGUUUCGAAUUCCAGAAAUCUGUGCCGAAUUAGCUCAUGGGUCACGGAAACGGGAAGAAUUAUCAAGAUACUGGCAAAAACAGGCCUUCCAUUGACCAACAACAAUGUGGUAAUCAUUAUCGAGCAUUUCCAAGUCGCCGACGUGAAGGAUGGUCGACUGAAUAUGCCAUUACUCAUUAACAGUCAAGAUCUGAUUGCAGUUGGUGCCCAGGACAUUCUUUUUGACUUCAAUGCCCAGCACGACUGUGUCACCGGACACUGCCAGAUUGGCGAAUCGACGAGUUAUGUCAUGCAAGAGAGGAUCAAGACAGCAGCGCGACAACGAUGCAUCGUGCAUACCAACCAUUCGCAGUUCCACCUGAAUAUGCACGCACUCCAUAAUGCCCACCUGAUUCGAGAGGCCCUUCCCCGUCACCUUGUUGCCCCAGUUCCUCUGCGUGACUGUCGAGCUCAAUUUCAUCAAGAACUCUCUGCCAAGCUGCAGGUUUCGGGGGCGGCGAAGCGAGCGUUAACUAGAGCCAAAGCGAAAGACACUCGCGAGCGCAACAAGAAGGCCAAGGAGGCUUUCACCGCAGAGGCUGAGCGCUGA